AUGCCUUGGAUUUAUCUGACUUCUUAUUUCAUUUUCUUAUUUGCUUCAGUUCACAAUGAAUGUGUGACUCAGAUCUAUGAAAAUACCUACUUCCAAGGAGGAGACCUCUCUACAGUGUUUACACCAAAUGUCAAUUACUGUCAAAUAGUGUGUACCUACCAUCCCACGUGUCUCUUCUUCACCUACUUGCCAGCAACAUGGACUAAUGAUCCUACAAAAAGGUUUUCCUGCUACUUAAAAGACAGCGAUACUGAAACACUGCCAAAAGUGGAUAUGGACGGUGCCAUCUCUGGACAUUCCUUAAAACAGUGUAACAUCAAAAUUAGCGCUUGCAGUCCAGAUGUCCACAAAGGACUGGAUAUGGAAGGGGAAAAUUACGAUGUUGUUAUGGCCGACACUUACCAACAGUGUCAGGAAAGAUGCACCAAUGACAACCACUGCCAGUUUUUCACAUAUGCUUCAGAAACCUUCCACAACGUGAGCCUUCGUAAAAAUUGCUUCUUGAAACAUGCCACUUUAGGAACACCAACCAGCAUAAGAGUGCUUGAUGAUGUUGUCUCUGGAUUCUCUUUAAAGCCAUGCCAGCUUUCUGAAACAGAUUGUCUGAUGGACAUUUUUGAACAUAAAGAAUUUUCAGGAAUUAACAUUACAACUUUUUUCACUCCUGAUAUCUCCGUCUGCCAAACUAUUUGUACUUAUUUUCCAAACUGCUUGUUCUUUACAUUCUUUACCAGGGAAUGGCAAAUAGAAUCCCAAAGAAAUCUUUGCCUUCUGAAGACAUCAAGAAGUGGUAUACCAGAUGCACUUAUAUCAAGAGAAAAAGCUGUAUCAGGCUUUAGUCUCCUAAAUUGUAGAAGAUCCUUCCCUGCCUGCAAUUCUCGCACUUACACAAAUAUGAACUUUUUGGGAGAGGAACUCAAUGUCACGUAUGCUAAAGGACACAAAGCUUGUCAGCAAGUUUGCACAGACAUGAUCCGUUGCCAAUUUUUUACCUACUUUCCACUCCAAGAUUCAUGCAAUGAAGAAGGGAAAUGUAAGUGCCACCUAAAAAUGUCCUCAAGUGGAUCCCCAGUGAAAAUAGUACAUGCAGGAGGAAGGAUCUCUGGAUACUCACUAAGAUUAUGCAAGAAAAAGGCCAGUACUGUGUGUAUGCAGCACUCUGAAAAAAGCAUCAGGAUUGUUGGAGGGACCGACUCGGCUCCUGGCGAAUGGCCCUGGCAGGUGAGCCUGCACGUGAAGGUGCCCCGCCAGAGACACAUCUGCGGAGGCUCCAUCAUCAGCAACCAGUGGAUCCUCACAGCUGCUCACUGUGUUGUGAGUCUUGCGAAUCCCGACAUCUGGCGAGUUUAUGCGGGAAUUUUAAAACAAUCGGAAAUAAAAGCGGAAGUGCCUUUCUUCAAAGUGCAAGAGAUUAUUGUUCACCCUCAGUAUAAAUUCGCCCAGAUGGGAUAUGACAUUGCUUUAAUGAAACUCGAAACACCUAUGAAUUUUACUGAUCUCCAACUACCCAUUUGCCUGCCAUCGAAAGAGGAUGCUAACACACUUUACACCAACUGCUGGGUGACCGGAUGGGGUUACAGGAAAGAGAGAGGUCGCGUGGAGGAUAUUCUGCAGAAGGUGACUGUUCCCCUCAUGUCCAAAGAGGAAUGCCAGGCGAGGUACAGACAUCGCAGAAUAGAUGACAGGGUGGUCUGUGCCGGCUACGAGGAAGGUGGAAGGGAUGCUUGUAAGGGAGACUCGGGAGGGCCGCUGUCCUGCAAGCACGAGGAAGUCUGGUACCUGGUGGGCAUCACCAGCUGGGGCGAGGGCUGCGCGCGCCCGGGGCAGCCCGGCGUCUACACCAGCAUUGUGCAAUAUGCAGACUGGAUUCUGGAAAAAACAGAAACAUAA